AUGAAUCGGGUUCACCUAGCAGGCCUGGUAAACACCAGAAGCCCAAGCCGGGUAAGUCCGGAAAACCGGGCAAACAACAACCGACCUAGCGAGGAAAGUAGUUCUGAGGAACCAGACAACUCUGACGAAUCGGGUUCACCUAGCAGGCCUGGUAACCAUCAGAAGCCCAAGCCGGGUAAGUCUGGAAAACCGGACAAACACAACCAACCCGGUGAGGGAAGUAGUUCUGAGGAACCAGAUAGCUCUGAUGAAUCGGGUUCACCUAGCAGGCCUGGUAAACACCAGAAGCCCAAGCCGGGUAAGUCUGGAAAACCGGGCAAACACAAUCAACCCAGCGAGGAAAGUAGUUCUGAGGAACCAGACAGCUCUGACGAAUCGGGUUCACCUAGCCAGCCUGGUAAAUACCAGAAGCCCAAACCGGGUAAGUCUGGAAAACCGGGCAAAAACAACCAACCCAGCGAGGAAAGUAGUUCUGAGGAACCAGAUAGCUCUGACGAAUCGGGUUCACCUAGCAAGCCUGGUAAACACCAGAAGCCCAAGCCGGGUAAGUCUGGAAAACCGGGCAAAAAUAACCCACCCAGCGAGGAAAGUAGUUCUGAGGAACCAGAUAGCUCUGACGAAUCGGGUUCACCUAGCAGGCCUGGUAAACACCAGAAGCCCAAGCCGGGUAAGUCUGGAAAACCAGGCAAACACAAUCAACCCAGCGAGGAAAGUAGUUCUGAAGAACCAGAUAGCUCUGACGAAUCGGGUUCACCUAGCAGGCCUGGUAAACACCAGAAGCCCAAGCCGGGUAAGUCUGGAAAACCGGGCAAACAUAAUCAACCCAGCGAGGAAAGUAGUUCUGAGGAACCAGAUAGCUCUGAUGAAUCGGGUUCACCUAGCAGGCCUGGUAAACACCAGAAGCCCAAACCGGGUAAGUCUGGAAAACCAGGCAAAAACAACCGACCUAGCGAGGAAAGUAGUUCUGAGGAACCAGAUAGCUCUGACGAAUCGGGUUCACCUAGCAGGCCUGGUAAACACCAGAAGCCCAAACCGGGUAAGUCUGGAAAACCAGGCAAAAACAACCGACCUAGCGAGGAAAGUAGUUCUGAGGAACCAGACAGCUCUGACGAAUCGGGUUCACCUAGCAGGCCUGGUAAACACCAGAAGCCCAAGCCGGGUAAGUCUGGAAAACCGGGCAAACACAAUCAACCCAGCGAGGAAAGUAGUUCUGAGGAACCAGACAGCUCUGACGAAUCGGGUUCACCUAGCAGGCCUGGUAAACACCAGAAGCCCAAGCCGGGUAAGUCUGGAAAACCGGGCAAACACAAUCAACCCAGCGAGGAAAGUAGUUCUGAGGAACCAGAUAGCUCUGAUGAAUCGGGUUCACCUAGCAGGCCUGGUAAGCACCAGAAGCCCAAGCCGGGUAAGUCUGGAAAACCAGGCAAAAACAACCGACCUAGCGAGGAAAGUAGUUCUGAGGAACCAGAUAGCUCUGACGAAUCGGGUUCACCUAGCAGGCCUGGUAAACACCAGAAGCCCAAGCCGGGUAAGUCUGGAAAACCAGGCAAAAACAACCGACCUAGCGAGGAAAGUAGUUCUGAGGAACCAGAUAGCUCUGACGAAUCGGGUUCACCUAGCAGGCCUGGUAAACACCAGAAGCCCAAGCCGGGUAAGUCUGGAAAACCAGGCAAAAACAACCGACCUAGCGAGGAAAGUAGUUCUGAAGAACCAGAUAGCUCUGACGAAUCGGGUUCACCUAGCAGGCCUGGUAAACACCAGAAGCCCAAGCCGGGUAAGUCUGGAAAACCAGGCAAACACAAUCAACCCAGCGAGGAAAGUAGUUCUGAGGAACCAGAUAGCUCUGACGAAUCGGGUUCACCUAGCAGGCCUGGUAAACACCAGAAGCCCAAACCGGGUAAGUCUGGAAAACCAGGCAAACACAAUCAACCCAGCGAGGAAAGUAGUUCUGAGGAACCAGACAGCUCUGACGAAUCGGGUUCACCUAGCAGGCCUGGUAAACACCAGAAGCCCAAACCGGGUAAGUCUGGAAAACCAGGCAAAAACAACCGACCUAGCGAGGAAAGUAGUUCUGAGGAACCAGACAGCUCUGAUGAAUCGGGUUCACCUAGCAAGCCUGGUAAACACCAGAAGCCCAAGCCGGGUUCACCAAACCACCCUGGCAAACACCAGAAGCCCAAACCGGGUAAGUCUGGAAAACCAGGCAAACAUAAUCAACCCGGUGAGGGAAGUAGUUCUGAGGAACCAGAUAGCUCUGAUGAAUCGGGUUCACCUAGCAGGCCUGGUAACCAUCAGAAGCCCAAGCCGGGUAAGUCUGGAAAACCAGGCAAAAACAACCGACCUAGCGAGGAAAGUAGUUCUGAGGAACCAGACAGCUCUGACGAAUCGGGUUCACCUAGCAGGCCUGGUAACCACCAGAAGCCCAAGCCGGGUAAGUCUGGAAAACCGGGCAAACACAACCAACCCGGUGAGGGAAGUAGUUCUGAGGAACCAGACAGCUCUGACGAAUCGGGUUCACCUAGCAGGCCUGGUAAACACCAGAAGCCCAAACCGGGUAAGUCUGGAAAACCAGGCAAACACAAUCAACCCAGCGAGGAAAGUAGUUCUGAGGAACCAGACAGCUCUGACGAAUUAGGUUUACCUAGCAAGCCUGGUAAACACCAGAAGCCCAAGCCGGGUAAGUCUGGAAAACCGGGUAAAAACAACCGACCUAGCGAGGAAAGUAGUUCAGAGGAACCAGACAGCUCUGACGAGUCAAGUUCACCAAACAACCCUGGCAAACACCAGAAACCCAGACCGGGUAAGUCUGGAAAACCGGGCAAACACAACCAACCCGGUGAGGGAAGUAGUUCCGAACCUGAUAGUUCUGAUGAGUCAAAUAAUCCCAAAAAUGGUGGAAAACACAAUAACUCCCCCUCUUCUUCUAGCGAAGACAGUUCUCCAUCGUCAGAGUCUUCCGAAUCUUCAUCUGAUGAAAUAGGAAAAGGCAAGGGAAAACCAAUUAACAUACAAAUGAGAACACCAGAUUCCAUAUACGACUUUAUAAAACAACUGAUCGAGUAUUUCCUUCAACCUUCAAAUAACAUGGAACCAAAUGAAGAACAAGCGAAGAAACUUCUACGUUUAUACUUACACGGCCUCGAAGAAAACCACAGCGAGGUAUCGAGGGAUGACAUUUUAAAUCUCAUAGCAUUGUUUAUUGAUAGCACAAAGGGAACCAAUUCUGAUGUAAGCGUGAAACAACUAGAAACAUAUAUUCAAGAUCACCAUCUACCAGCUCAGACGUCCAACUUCAUCGUUAAACUGUUUGACUAUAUUGUACAGCUUCGGGACUCAGGAGCUUUGCAAAAAAUUAUUGACGCAGAGAAGAAGAUUCCAAAGGCUCCAGGAAAGAGGGGUGAGGACUCUUAUUUAAGGGAUAUAAUCUUCCACGUGUACGGUGACAUUCCGUUUAAGAUUCUAAAAAAUGGCACUACAUCGAUAUCUAAAAACGCUACCAAGGACGCUAACUACAAAUUGGGUGAUACAUCCCACCGCGGAAUAGUUCCACUAAGUAAUCCACGUACUUUGGAGUACCUGGUAGACACGUGCGGUGCACUUUUGAGGCAACACAGACCUUCUGCUAUACAUUAUAGAAGAUACCUGUACUUGCCACAAUUGGAAAUAAAAGGAUUUCCGAUGACUUCCAAACUAGUACCCCACGAAGAAGCUGAAACUACCUGCGCCCCCACUCAGAUUAACAUGGAUGUUGCUGUCCACGCCGAAGCAGCGACUACGGCUGCUCCCACUACUACAGCACAACCACGUACUUACGUUGUUAGCAAAGAAGACACGUCGUAA